AUGACGGACUCCAGCGAGGUGAAGGGUUUACCCAAGUCAGACCGCAAGGACUGGAACUCGCUAACGUUGCUGGAGAAGGUUCAAGACCUAGAAAAUACCCACUCACACAAAAUCAAAAAACCUUGGGUAAUUCCCGCCCCCAUCGGGACUCUGCAACGCAUCUUUGGAACCAGCCAGGUGUUCUACAACUUUGAGGAUAUGAAACCAACGGUCACACUGACAACAGUGCCUUUGAGAAUCAAAGAGUACUACCAACGAGGCCAUCAGUGCCUAGAGCGAGAGGACUGGGAAAUGGCUGUGCUGUUCUUCUCUCGAGCCCUUCAUCUGGACCCCGACAGGAUAGAGUUCUACGCCUUCCGUGCCGAGGCCUUCAUCCAGCUCUGCGACUUCUCUUCUGCUGUCCAGAACCUACGCAGGGCCUGUAACUUCCAACCAGACAACGUCAAGUACCUGGAGAGGCUUGCCUUUGUGCUGUACUUGCAGGGACAAUGCCUGUAUGAUCAAUGUGACUUCCAAGAGGCUCUAAAUAUCUUCUUGCAAGUGUCUGAGCUACAGCCCCAGAAGGCCUGUUUCCGGUACCGAUGCAUGGCCUGCCUACUGGCCCUCAAGCAGCAUCAGGAAUGUCUCUCGCUCAUCACCAGGGAGGUGAGGCAUGGCACAGCCACCCCCGAUGUCUACAUCCUCCGGGCCAGGAUCUACAACUUCUUCCAAAAGCCCAAGCUAUGCUAUCAGGACCUGCGUAGUGCCUUGCUGUUGGAUCCCAAGCAUCUGCAGGCCAAAAGGCUACUCCAGAUAAUGGUGGACCAGGCCCAGCAGGCCCGCCAAGAUGCAGGCAUCCUGGCCGUGCAGGGCAAGCUGCAGCGAGCACUGAAACGCAUCAACUGUGCCAUUGACAACAAUCCCCUGGACCCCAGCUUCUUCCUCUUCCGGGGCACCUUGUACCGCCGGCUCCAGGAGUUUGACCAGGCUGUGGAGGAUUUGCUGAAGGCGAUGGACAUGGUGCUGGGCAGCGAGGACCCCCUAGUGAGCCAGGCCCAGCGCCAGCUGCUGCUAGCCUACAACGACUUUGCCGUGCACUGCUACACGCACGGCGCCUACCAGGAGGGCGUCCAGCUGCUCAACAAGGCCAUCAGGGACGAGCAGAACGAGAAAGGCCUGUACAUCAACCGCGGAGAUUGCUUCUUCCAGUUGGGCAAUUUGGCCUUCGCCGAGGCGGAUUACAAGCAGGCAUUGGCGCUGAGCCCACUGGAUGAGGGUGCCAACAUGCGGAUGGGUGUGCUGCAGGAGAAGAUGGGCUUCUGUGAGCAGACGCGCAGGCAGUUCCAGAAGGCAGAAGACCACUUCUCAGUGGCCAUUAAGCACAACCCCUAUAAAAUCCAGUACUACAUGCACCGGGCCAAGAGCCGACAACUCCUGCAAGACGUUUUUGGGGCUCGCCAGGAUGUCGCCACUGUGCUACUCCUGAAUCCCAAGCAGCCAGAGAUGUUACCACUGAUAACCAGCCUCUUCCCGAACAUGUCAGUAGAGGAAAUACUUGAAAGCCAGAUAGCCCACCUGGCCAGCCUGCAGCUGAAGCAGAUGGGGGGAAGGGGCCAGCAGGCCAGUCACCCUGAAGGCAUUGUGGGGGUGCUCAGGAAGCAGGAACUAGAGCGCCUGAAGGCUCAGGACCUGCAGCUCUCCUGGACACAGGCCGAGAGCCCCAAAAGGCGAGAGGCCGCCCUUCAAAUCCUGGACCAUGUGACAGAAGCGGAGGCCCCUACGGUGGAGAAGGAAAAAAAGAAAAAGGUCAAAGAGAAGCCGACCCCUCACAAGGCAGCAUCCACGUCGGGUAGCUACCCGGACCAGACCUCCUCAGGCUCAGUGCUCAGCUGUGAGUCCCGGGUGUUCCUGCUGGGCCUUGUAACCAAAGCAGCAGAGCAGUCAAAGGUCAGGGGGACAUCAGGCAUGUCAGAGACGGAGACGUCUAUCUACAAGAGUACAUCCACCAUUGCUGAGAUAGUCUCUGACUCCUCUCUGCUGAAGCCUGAGUUCUCAGACUCCAGAAACAAGGAGGGCCUGGGCCUGAGCAAGAACCUCAGGCAGACGGAGAUGGCCAAGGACCAGCGCCUGCCCACCAAGACUGCAGCUGCCCGUGGCCCAAAACAUAUGUCCCAUGUCUCUGAGGCCACCGGGGACCCCAAGCAGAAGCCCAGCAAGACCAAGGCUGCUCAGAGCUCCAGAAAGAAACUCAGAAGAGCCAAAGCUGAGCGCAUGUACAGGAGGAGGAUGAGCAGGAAGGCCACUGCACUCCAGGGCCAGAGCCAAGGACUAGGUCAAAAUGCCAGCAGGACCAAGGCUGCCCGUGACCAAGGUAGGGGCCAGAGCAGUGCCAGCAGUCCUCAAGACCAGAGCCCAAGGCCUGGCCAGGUCAAGGAUGUCCAGAAUCAGAACACAGGCUCAAGUUCCAACAAGACUGGUGCCAUCGGGAGACUGAGCCCAAGUCAUGACAAAGCCAAGGCUUCCCGGGGUGAGAGCCAGAAGCCAGAGGCUCGACACCCCCCGUCAUGA